UCCAUGUAGCAACAAAUACGAAAUCAAAACCCAUCUCUCGCGCAUAGGUGGCAAGAAAUAGUUUUCCAUUGCAGGUAAUAAAUCGUCGUGCUUCAUAGGUCGAAGGUGCACCAUGGAGGUAUCCAGCCAUAGCCUGUUUCUCCUCCAGCAGCUGAACAUUCAGAGGGAGUUUGGCUUCCUGUGUGACUGCACUGUAGCCAUUGGAAAUGUCUACUUCAAGGCUCACCGUGCUGUCUUGGCUGCCUUUUCAAACUACUUCAAAAUGAUAUUCAUCCACCAGUCCAGUGAGUGCAUUAAGAUUCAGCCCACCGACAUCCAGCCGGACAUCUUCAGCUACUUGCUGCACAUCAUGUACACAGGGAUGGGCCCCAAACAACAGGUGGACCAGAGCCGGCUGCAGGAGGGCAUCAAAUUUCUGCACGCCCACCAGCUGUGCCGCAGCACUGGCGAGGCCGGUCAGGAUGCAGACGCUGCCAAGAUGUCUAACCUCUACGGCAUCCAGAUCUCCUCCCAGUCGGCCACCAAGGAGCACCUGACCCUGAAGGACUGCCAGGUGCGCAGCCUGGAGGGGUCACGCCCCAACAGCCAGGCAGAGGGGCCCCAGACUCAAACCUCUGUAGCAUCGGGUCCGGAAGGGGAAUCCUGCGACCGGCGGCCCACGGAUCUCCACUGUGCAUCCUCCAUGGGCUCCACGGAGGACAGCGAGGCUUGCGAGCUCCCUGUGAGGGUAAAGCAGGAGAAGAUGGAGAUGGAGGUGACCGGGAAGCCUCAAACUGGCUCCCCGUCCCUGGGCCAGGACAGCCCCGGCCUGGGACUCCUCAAGGAAAAUCCGCGAGUGCUGUGCUGUCACUUCUGUGGGGAGCGCUGCAGCUCCCGCCAGGGUCUGCGAGAGCACCUCCUCACCCACAGCACCUCCAGUCUGCCCUUCAGCAUGCCCGCUAUCCUGGAGAACAGCCACCUGGGUGAGGUCGCCGGGGCUGGGGGGGAGGACCUGGAGGGCCCUGAUGAGCGGCUCCCCCAUCAGGGUUCCUUCUUGGUGGGGAAGAGCGCCGGUGGGCCCGAGCCACCGGACGUGGCCGGCCUGGAGGAGGCGCUGCAGCGGAGCGAGGCCCUUUCGGAGGAACUAGCGGCCGACCGGAAAAGCGGCACGAAUUCACGGAAGCGGAAGAUCGCGUGCGCCAUCUGCAGCCUCCGCUUUACCCAGAAAAGCCAACUGCAGGAACACAUGUACAGCCACACCGGCAAGCAGGCCCGGUACCACCGGUACAGCCGCCUCUGCAGCCAGUUCAUCCAGGCCUCCCAGCACUUCUGCGAAAGCCCGGCCGAGUUCAUGAGCGAGGAGGCCAACAGGGACACGCAGGACAACGUCAGCUCCUGCUACUCGCUCGACUCUGAGGUCUCCCAGGAGAGCAUAGAUACUGUUGUGGUCGAGUGAAAAAGACAGACAUGCCUUCUUUUCAGAACCUUCUGCGAUGUGAUGGCAGCACCCACAGUUUGCUUUCCUGCAAUAAUGUGUUGUACUUUUUAGUAUUCGUGAGUCUGGACAUUAUACAAGUGACAGUCAUUACACUGUAAAAUAUUGCUGUAAAAGAGCUUGUAGACAUAUUUAUUUCUUUUUCCAUUUCUGACAGCCAGUUUUAAUUUAAGGGACUGAGGCAUCACAUGCAAAUGCAUUGACAGCAUAUGGUCAUAUUUAAGUUAUGUGCAGUAUAUAAAAACUAUUCGUUUAGAGGAUAACUCUCAAAAAGAUUCGGCCGUUAAGCAUUCUAGUGUGGUUAAUUGGGCAAAGAUUUUAUCGCGAAAUAAUUUGGGGCGCAGUUAAUUUAUACAUGAAAUCCAAGACCACGCUAUUGCAGUUUCAGGAGCGUAUCAAGUUUCUUUUUGAGUUCUGAAAGCCUGCAGCACCAUAUUCAGAUAACGACCCAUUGCUGUAAAGUAUUAAGUAUUCUGGCAUUACUUCGCUACGUAUCACCGAAGCUCUUUCAGAAGCACACUAACCAACUUUACAUAUAUGCAAAAUCAGCACUGGAAUGGAAUUGCAUUGUGAGAAUAUUACAGGCUGAUCAGAGAGCUAGAACACAUGCAAACGGCUAAAUUCUCAUAACCGUAAUUAUCUUACAGCGGCCGCUGGUAGGCAGAUUCCCAUUGGUAAAACGUGUAAAUGCGCACUUUUAAAUCCCACAUAUUUUCAUUUUAAGGUGUGUGUUAAUUUAAAAACCACGUAGUGCUCUGUCUAUUCACAGUCUAUAUUCACUGUAUGUAAAUUAUGCGUGCCCAAACGAAUUAUGGUAAUUAAAUACAUAUUUGGAGAAAUAGGAACGCCAAUCAAGCAUAAGAAUCGCCCUUCGAUAAACUUAUUUUUGUUACAAUUCGUUGGCCUCAUACAAUUGUUGAUAUUGCUUUCCCUUUUGCACGGCGUUCGAGCUAAACUGAUCACUGUAUUUACGGGAAUAGAGGUUCUCAAAAUGUGUUCCUCUAACGACAGUACUGUAUUCAGUGUAGCGGUUAGUGUGCAUUCAUUUUUAAUACCGGUGUAUCGUACACUCAGCAUUCCAUUUUCGUUUUACAUUCUUACAUUCAACCAGGCUGGAAAGUGAUAUUGAGCACAGGAUAGUAUCUUUCUUCACAGUAAUGCAAAGUUGUACAAUCAAGUUGGAUAUUGAAGCAGCACGAAUUGAGUAAAAGCUAAAGUUUCUUUUUGGUUUAUUUUUGCAAUUUCUUUGAACCCAACCGUGUAUGUGUUUUAAAUCUGCUUGUGUUGACAAGAAAAAAAGUGAAAACACAUGGUUGUAUUUAUGUAUGACUCAACUGUGUAAUUAACAUUUUAAACGGAAAUUAUAUUUUUGGCUGUGCAGAGCCUUUAAUUUUGCCACGCGCCCUGUCUGUGUUCUUAAUAGUUCGGAGUGCAGUAGAAAUUCAUUCCCGUCUUUUGAAACUUCAUUAAGUCGCGUUCAAAUGAAGAUUAUUUGAAAA